AAAAUAGCGAUGGCAGCCCCAUCUGCAACGCAUGGUUCAAAAUGUACCGUAAGGUCCAUUAGCUUACCCACCAGGUUACACCCCCAUUCCCUUAUAAUUGAAGCAGAGUUGAACAAGCUAAAAGCCUGGGAAGUGUCAUGCGCUUCAGUACUAGUUUCCCCAGGGGCCGAGACCAUUCAAAUUGGUUUGGCUGGGGUCAUGGAGUUGUACAACUAUGUUGAGGAACUCAUUCACUCUCCCCUUACCCGGCAAGCUCUUCUUCGCCAUCAACACCGAAAACUAGUGGAAGAGGCUCUAGACGGAUCAGUCACGUUACUAGACGCAUGUGGCACAGCCAAAGACAUAUUGCUGAUGACAAACGAACAUGUGCAAGACCUUCAGUCUGCUUUACGUAGAAGGGGUGGAGACUCAAGCAAUGAGAGUAAUAUCGCUUCUUACAUUUGCUUCAGGAAGAAGGUGAAGAAGGAUAUCUCCAAGUGUCUUGGGGCAUUGCAGCGAAUGGAAAGCAGACUUGGAUCCUCUCCUCUCUUACAUCUUGACCACCAUCUUGCAGUGGUGGUUAGACUGCUAAGAGAGGUAAGCGGCAUCACCAUAUCCACCUUUCGGUCCCUCUUGUUAUUCUUCUCCAUGCCAGCAGUGAGGAAAAUGUUUGGGGGGUGGUCAUUGAUUACGAAAUUGAUGCCCAUGGCUUCAGGGAAAGGGCAGAAGAUUGUGAAUGAGGUGGGGAGUGUUGAUGUUGCCAUCCACACUCUUCAAGAACAACUACACAACAGUGAUGCCAAGGUAGAAUUGCAAGUUACCCAGAGGAGGUUAGAGGCACUCAAUGUUAGCAUUGAAGGUCUUGAAGCCGGAGUGAAUUGCAUGUAUAGGUGUCUAAUCCAAAAUAGAGUCUCCCUCCUCAACGUCCUCAAUCAAUGAAGCUAGCUACCAAAUUUUGCACAUCUCCCAACUGGUCAUGGACUCAUGGCAUCCGUAUUUUAGAAGGAUUUGCUGAUGUCCCAAAACCCCAUGUUUGUAUGAGAAUUCUAGUGGCAUGCAAUUGUAUUAGUUUAUUAAUGCAAUGCGACUGAAUUUCUUCAA